GUUAUAGGCCUUAGGGAGGGCUCUGGACCAGUCUGGGCGAGGAGCUCCUAUUGUCUGGUUUCAUCAGUGACUUAUAAUGUAUUAUACAAAGUAAUAAUUCUGAUUUAUUAUGACGAAGAGUAUCGUGCUUGAUUAUAAGAUUGUAAUUUUGUAACUGGGAGAUGGACACGUUCAGGGAUUAUCUCCCGCCAGAAUGGAACAACGAAGAGAGAAUGAGAGUGUUGCUGGGGCCUAUGCCUGUGGCUCAAGAUACAGUGGCCAGAACUGCACGCUGUACCUUCUGGUCAGCUGCCAUUCAUCACUGGUGCAGGAUGACUCACAAACUUACAUUCACCCUCCUGGAAUGUCAAAAUGCAUUUCGUCGAGGUACUCAGACACCGCUCAGUCUUCCUGAUGUUCUUCUACACAUGAACAGGCUGGGGGAUAUACUUCCACUGGACCAGUUACCAGCAGAACCUACACCAGAGUCUUGGAUUAGCUGGGGUCACCGUGUGUUUGUAGCUAAGCCAUCUCACUUUGCAUGGAAUCAACUGAAGCAAGUUAUUGGCACCAAUAAUUUGCAGGGGACAUUAGUCAAUACAAUAUUGUUACAGAACAUGUGUGAUGGUGUGAUGAAGAGAUACUGGGAGUUAUCUAGUGGUGUGAAAUAUACAAGUAAACUGGUGUCCCUGGCAGAGCUGUACAAUCACUUUGGAGUGUGUGUUGGGUCACCAGAAAACUUAAAUCUUGUGGUUGAGACACUGGUUAAGUGUGGAAGAGCUGCAACUGUAAUCCACAAUGGCACAUUGUAUGUCAAGUUUGCCAUGCUAGGAGACACAAGCAAACCCACCAUCACUCAGACUGAACUGGCGGAGUAUGACCUACAGUGUGCCCAGCAGCGAGUACAGGACAAUGUGGCACAACUCGGUGAUGAGAUGACCAAGUUACAGCUGGAGGCUAAGUGUGCACUACAAGCUGGCUUCAGAAUAAAGGCCUUGUCCAUGUUGAGGAGGAAGAAGAGGGUUGAGAAGUCUUUAGCCACACAGCUCGGGGCACUGGAGAAUGUCACAACCUGUCUCCAUCAGCUACAGGAUGCUGCCAUCAGCAAGCAAGUGUUAGGAGCCUUUCAAGUGGGUGUGGAGGCUCUCCGUGCCAUGAUGAUAGGAGAUGCCUCAGCUGAUGCUGCUGCCAUCACUAUGGAUGAUUUACAACAGGUUCUGGAUGAAUGCCAAGAGGUGAGUUCAGUGUUGGGGGCGGGAGUGAUAUCACCCGAGGCUGAAGAUGACGAUGUUUUACAAGCUGAACUGAACCAGCUGGUGGCACAACACCAAGACUCACAACAACUGGAUCAGCAGCUGGCAAACAAAAUGGAAGAUCUGAGGCUUCCAGAUGUGCCUAAGACAAACCCCCUGACUUCCAUGGGCACACCUCCAGAGAAGAUGACUUGAACUACAUUACAAAAUACCUGGAGUAAUGAGUGGCAACCCUUUCUGUGAUGACGUGUGUGAUGGAAAGUUCAGAUUCUUUGCAGUGUUUCUACAUGUGGUGCCUUAAAUGAUCAAAAUGACUCCCGGGUAGUUAAAUAGUUAAUCCAAUCAUUUUCAGCCAAAUCUAUGUUUUCAUAUAGUAUACUAUAUUAGUAUGUUAUUGUUAUAAAAAUGCACCAAAAUUGGGGUUUAGGGAGAUGUAGAAAAGGUUCUGUAAUGUACUGUAUCCCAUAUUUCUCCAAAUCACCAAGUACUGGAUUCAAUUUAUGUGAAUUCAAAUUAUGGGAGGUUUUUAGAGAACAUAACCCUCAAACAUAUCGAGACCCAAGUGAAUACCAUAUUAAGUACACGUUGGCCUUGCAAAUUUGUGCUAAUUGGUAUCCCACCAUGGCCAAUUUUCCAAAAGGCAAUAAAUUGCAGAAUAAGCAUUAAAACAGGAAAAUUUGACAAUCAUUUGCUUAAAAAACAUAAAUCUAAUUGUACAACAUAUUUAUUGGACAUAUUUUUAACACUUUAGUGAGUGCAAGGUCAACCUAACUUGAAUAACUUUCGAAUUGCAUAUUUAAAAAAAAAAAAAAAGAGCUUUGAUACAGUAACAAAAAAACAAUUUCCUUAAUUUUUAAACUUAUUAUUUAUUAUUUUACUUCUGGAGGAUGAAUGUGAACACUUAAUUAACACUAAUACUGUAAUACUAAUAGAGGGAGAUCUAGAAUCCUACUAAUUAAGAGGGUUUAAUGUCUGAAAAAGCUGGAAGUCAUCUUAGUAAAGUAAGCAUUUGAGUCUGGUGCCAAAGGCUUCACAGACAUGGAUGUAAGUUGCACAAAAUAAUGUUUAUUAGAGCUAAGUAUAAAUUAGAUGGAGAUUAAAAUACCUUUGCUGGCAGUUAUUGAACCCACUGAGUAUAUGGGACCUGAAAUGUGAAGUUUAGGAUGGGAGAAACAAGUAGGUGUGGGAGAUGGACCUUAUCAAGUUUAUGUAAAAUCCUUGCUUAUAAUGAUAGCUUAGUUUAAUAAAUUCUAUGUUUUA